AUGCUGCGCGAGUUCCUGAAGCUCGGCGCGACCUGUGCCGCGCUCGCCGUCUUCUUCACGCCGCUCGAGGCGGCGCGAAAGAUCACGCGCGAGAGGAACGUCGGCGCGCUGACGCCCGUGCCCUUCGGCGCCAUCGCGCUCAACUGCAGCAUCUGGGUCGUCUACGGGAUCAUCGUGCGCGACUGGGUGCCCCUCGUCGCGUCGAACGCCGUCGGGAGCGCGUCGGGCGUCUACUGCCUCGGCGUCUUCGCGAGGCACGCGAAGCCGCCGCUCCAGCUCCACGCGCGGCGCCUGCGCACGGGCGUCGUCGGCGGCUUCGCCUGCCUCCUGUUCGCGGCGCGCGGCGCCAUGUGGCGCGGCGUCGACAAGGCCGCGCCCGCCGGCGGCGACCUCGCCGCGUGGGACGCGGGCCUGCUCGAGCUCGUCGGCCGCGUCGGCGUCGGCGCCUGCGUCGCCAUGUUCGCGAGCCCGCUGUCGACGAUCAAACGGGUCCUCUCGACGCGGUCCACCGCGUCCAUGGCGCCGAGCGUGACGCUCGCGUCCGCGGCGUGCUCGCUGCUCUGGACGCUCUACGGCCGCGACAUCGACGACCUCUACGUCUGGGGGCCCAACGUCGCGGGCCUGGCCUUUUCCCUGGCGCAGCUCGGGCUCUUCGGCAUCUUCGGCAUGCCCCCGGCGCCGGCGGACAUGUCCGGCCUGCCGCCGCUGCUGGACAUCGAGCUCGCGCGGUAA